UACCGGUUUGGCAAUAUUUAUGAUUUAAGUUUACACAUAAUUUUUAAGCUUGAUUUCGAUCGUGAUGUCACAACAAGGAGCAACUUUACAAACGUACAACAAUGAGCUAGUGAAAUGUAUAGAGGACCUUUGCACCAAAAGAGACGAACUUCAGAAACAAAUACUUAACGAAGAGGAGGAGAAAGCAAAAAUUCAAAACGACAUUCGAAUUCUCAGCGAAAGGUUGGCAAAAAUCAAUGAAAGCCUCGCUAAAAAGAUAGCUUCCAGAACUGAAUACGACAAAACGAUUGCCGAGACGGAAGCAGCUUAUAUGAAGAUUCUUGAAAGUUCUCAAACGCUUCUCCAUGUUCUAAAGAAAGAGACAGGGAAAGAUAAAUCACAGCCAAGUCACAGCCAGGGAUCACUGCGUGAAAAGACUGGAACACAAACAUGAAAACUCUUAUAUACUUCCCUAGCACACUGUCAUUAGACUGCAAUUAUAUUUAACAAUAAUGAACUUUGUAAGGUUACAGUAAGUACAGUAAAAUUAUUUUCUCCAGGACUUAGCUUCUAGUCCAAGUAAGUCAUCAGAAUGUUAUCA